AUGUCUGCCAAAAAAAUUGCGAUUGUCGUGUUUCUAGUGUCGUCUGCGAUCAUCUUGACGCUGCCAACCCGGAGUUCGGGCGACGACACGAACCAGUUAUUUUACGCUAUCGCCGACGACGACGAUAAUAUUAGAAUUCGACACACGGAAGACGGUAGACUCGUCGGUAAAGCUAGUUACACUCAGAGUAUAAACUAUACAGGGUGGGAUUAUUUAGAAAUAUUUACAUCCAUCAAAGAAGAUGACGUGAUUCAAGCCUAUGCCGCUGGUUUGUUGGAAGGAUACGUCACUGCCGACUUGAUAAACACGCAUUGGUAUAAUGUUUUUCAAAAUUUCUGUAACGGUCGACCAUACUUGUGUGAAAAAUUGAACAAGUUCUUGUGGACUAAUAAAAUUGGUCAUGUCCCAAGUGACAGAGAAAAUGGAUCGGACGCAUAUUGGCAUCAAGUUGGUCUCAUGUACAAGCAACUCGACGGAUUAUACGAUGGAUAUAAGCUGAAUACAAAAGAAGGAAUGCAGUCUUUAACAUGGGAAAAUUUUUUUUGGAUGAACAUUCAAGAAGAUUUAUUUAAUUUAUGCGAUGCCUUUAAUUCAUCGCACCCUCGUAAAAAACCAUUUGGGGCUGAAUCGUGUUCAGUUCUUAUAAAAUUACUACCUGGAUCCAAAGAGUUGUUUUUCUCCCACGUUACUGGGAAUCGGUACGAAACAAUGCUGAGAAUACAAAAGCGAUAUCGUCUUAAUUACAAGGAAAGUAAAUCGUCGUACCAACUAGUGUUAGGACACGAUAUAACAUUUAGUUCGUAUCCUGGAUUCAUAUAUUCAAUGGACGAUUUUUACUUGAUUUCUUCGGGUUUAGCAGUCACCGAAACCACUAUUUCUGUUUACAAUCCACAGUUAUGGACCUACGUUCAGCCAGUUGGGCAGGUGUUGGUUUUCGUUCGGGCGAUGGUGGCUAAUCGGCUGGCGUCCGAUGGAUUGGCCUGGACGAAGUUGUUCAAGAAAUACAACAGUGGUACGUACAACAAUCAGUGGCUGGUGAUCAAUUAUUCGCUGUUUCGGCCAGGUCGCAAACUGCCUAGAAGAGGGCUGCUUUUCAUGCUCGAACAAAUUCCGGGACUGGUCGAGACGCGUGACUUGACCGAAUCGUUUCUGAACCAGACGUAUUGGGCGGGCUACAACGUGCCAUUUUUGCCGGCGAUAUCCGAGGCGAGCGGUCAAGACGAUAUGGUGAAGCGAUACGGAAAUUGGUUUUCGUACAAAGACACUCCCCGGGCUCGUAUAUUGGCCAGGGACCACGUUGGUGUGACGGACGUGCCGAGCAUGAUGCACCUGAUGCGUUCCAACGAUUUCAGAAACGAUCCAGAGUCCAGAUGCGAGUCUUGUGCUCCUCCUUAUUCGGCUGCAAACGCCAUUUCGUCCAGAGAUGAUUUGAAUGACAAGGACGGCGUGUACCCGUUCGAGGCGCUUGGCUAUUCGAACAAGGGAGCCAUAGACGCCAAAGUUACGAGCCAUAUGACUUUCAAGAAGCUGAGAUUCUUAGCCGUCUCUGGACCGACCAGGGGUACCGGAGGACGUCUCGGAGAGUUCUGUUUUAGCAAAUCACACGUGGCCAACUUCAGCCACAUCGGAUUACCUGACUGUUGGAGUUUCAAACCCAAGUUGCAUCGGUGGCAGUGGCCAAACUAG